CUCAACUAGUUUUUACAUUCAGGACUUCGAAUAUUUUGAUUAAAAUGAACGAAAACAAAAUUAUUACUUACCAAAGAGACAUGUGAAAGACUUAUUAUUAUUAUAAAAAGAAAAUUUUUAUAAAAUAAAAUGACUGAAUCAGCUAAUGAAUGGCAGGUUCGUUUCGUUGCCACGGCGGCCUUGUUGAAUAUCGUUGGCUUAGGCAUGAUUUCAGCUUUUACUGCAUCUGCCAGUGUCGAUAUGAAAAGAUCUGGAAGUAGAUUUUCGUCCAUAUCAAGUAAUCAAAUUACUUGGAUUGCUAGUCUACCAAGUAUCGCUGCAAUCUUCGGCAACCUAUUAUCAGGUUACCUCUCCCUUAAAAUAGGAAGAAAAGCAGUACUUAUGUGUGCAUCCGGACCUCUUGUUGUAGGAUGGUUGAUGAUUGCAUAUGCACCUACUAUACCUUGGCUGUACAGUGGUCGCUUACUUUCAGGAGUUAGUUCUGGAAUGUAUUCUGUUGCAGUUCCCGCAUAUGUGAUUGAAAUAGCAACGAUCAAAAUCCGUGGGUUUUUAUGUUCAUGCUACCAAGUAUCUUACACAAUCGGUGUUCUGAUUGCUAUGUUGCUUGGAAUAACAAUUAUGUGGUCAUGGCUUGCAAUCGUUGGCGCUUUUCUCGCAACUUCAGCUGCAUUCUUUAUGUAUUUUAUUCCAGAGUCUCCUCCGUGGCUCAUUGCAAAUGAAAAAUACUCAGAAGCAGUAGAAAGUUUCCGAACAUUGAAGGGAAAUGAUGUAGAUAUUUUACAGGAAUCUUCAGAAGCAAAUGAGCAACACUUCAUAGAACAACCUCAAAAUACUGUUUCAUUUAGAGAGUUCAAGAAACCUGAAUUAUAUAAGCCUAUCGUUUUAUCCAUCGGACUGGUAUUUUUCCAGCAAUUCUCUGGAAUCAACGCACUGAUGGCAUAUACAGUAGAAAUUUUCGAACGCGCUGAAAGUUCUGUCGAUCCAUCAGUUGCUGCUGCUGUAGUAGCAGGAGUGCAAGUACUAGCAACUUCUGUAGGAAGUAUUCUGUUAGACAAAAAUGGACGAAUAAAAUUAUAUGCAAUAUCAGGUAUAUUUGUAACUGUUGGACUUAUAACCCUAGGAAUUUAUGGAAUUUUAGCCAAAAAACUGACUUUGCAAACUGAAACUUAUGGCUGGAUUCCUUUGGCAAGUUUUAUCGUUUUUGUAGCAUCUUUCUCUUUGGGAUAUGGACCGAUCCCUUACUUAAUGACACCCGAAUUUGUUCCCCUUCAUUGUAGAAGUGCUGUUUUAGCUAUAUCAGGAGUAUUUUCAUCACUCUUUCUGUUUUUGGUAACAAAAACAUUUGAUGAUUUCAGAUAUUUUCUUUCCGAUUAUGGUGUCUAUUGGGUGUAUGGAAUUUUUUCACUUCUUGGCUGCUUAUUUUGCUGGUUUUGCCUGCCAGAAACAAAAGGGAAAUCUUUAUAUGAUAUACAAAAUUCCUUCCGAAAUAAUACGAGUAUCAACGAUAGUCCAUAAUUUCUCAGUGAAAUACAUAAUACUGACUCUGAAGCUCGUACCUCUUUAAUUGAGAAAACCCUAGGUUCAAAGAAGCCAGUUUUUACGAUAUUCCAAUUUUCUUUGUAUGAAAAGCUUCAAAACCUGGAAAAAUUAUUUUUCAACCAUAGUUUAGUUUCUGAUAGUUGCAGUCUUUGCGAAGCUGGUUUCUCAAAAGUUAAUUAAAAAAUAGAAUUAUGUAAAUAUUGAUAUUAGAACUAAGAAAAGAUUAAAAACGAAAGAAAAAGCAAAUUUAAUAUUGUAAAUUCCUAAUAUCAAAUGCAAAAUUACCAUAAAUUAUUACAUCACUCAAACAAAUAAUGAAACUGUACAAAUAAAUUUGCUAAAGAAUACUUAAAAUCUAAAGCUUGUCAAAGAAGAAGCAUUGAAUUUAUCAAGAACAAAGCGUGAAGAAUUUAUCAAAGAAAAAAUAUUUGAUUAUCAUACUGAAUCUCAUCUUCUUUCUUCUCUCAUCUAUGCAUGUGUUAUUAUCAUUCAAAUUGCUUGUUAUCUUCUGAGAAUAGCUCGAUGUUCGUAUUGCCAAUUCCAAAAACAGUAAAAAUUGAACAACAUAUCUUCAUUUGAUGCUUCAUCUAUUGUAUUUUUUAGUACAAAUAUUGUAGACACAUUCAAUAAUUUUAAUUUCAAAAGAGGUUGUAAGCAAUGGAACAAAUAUAAGUACUUCUAUAGUUUGAAAAAAUGCGACUUCAUUUUUUUCCCCUUAUACGACACGAAUCAAAGAAUUCAUCCUCCUUGGUGAAUGAAUAAUUAUAUCUGUAUCAUGCCAUGAAACUGCUGCCUUGGGAAUUCCGAAGUAAGGCAUAAACAUUAAAAGAAGCAACUGAUAAAACUUCUUAUUUUUCUCGAUAAUAUGUUUUUUGGAAAUUGUGUUUCAUGGCAUUUUUCUGUAUAGUAAAAGAUAUCUGUAUCGAGUACAUUGGCAUUUUAUCUAAAGUUUAAAGGAAUACAACAUUUUUUUGGUGAUAUUUUGUAGAUUACUUGUAGAUUAAGCACUCAGCAUUAAUACGUAUAAUAUUUAUCUUUAUUAAAGAGGACUUAUAUGAAAAUCAUACGAUGAAAUUUUUUUAUUAAAUUAAUUUAUUACUUCAAUACUGAGAAAAUAUUAAUGGACACAAUAUUUAUGGUACAGUAUAAAUUAAUAUCUGACACAAUAUUUAUGGUACAGUA